UUUAAUUUACUUUUUGCACCACGACCAUAAAUAUUUAUGCCCUUGCUGUUAGCUAGAAUUGCGCUUCGGCCUUGUAGCAAUGUGGUCUCUGCUGUAUUUCGGUCACCAAACAUGAGGAAAGUUUCUACAUUGUCAACUGAGCAACUCAUCACGAAAUUGAGUACUUCAAAGCAAUCCAAUUUUAAAUUGAAAUCAGUAACGAUUCUUGGAACUAUGAAAUCCUUAAAAGCUAAUGGCUUACCCAUAUUUUCAUUGGCAGCAGGACUUAAAUUUGCACACUCCUUUGAGCUUUUUAAAAUGAAGACAGUUUAUUGCGAGUUUCAAACUCCACAACAAAGCUUUAUCGUUCAAGAAGCAGUAACAAAAAAGACAGUACUAAACAAGAUACUACCUGUUGAAAAACCAACGACGAUCGCCAGUGAUAUCUGGGAUUUAGUGAAACCUGACAUGUUUUUGCUUGGAUUUAUUAUUUUGACAGCUAUUGGUGCAGCUAUUGUUCAACUUCAAACACCACUGGUAACGGGACAGCUAAUUAAUGUAUUGUCGAUGAGUGUUAAUGCUGCUGCUGAUGGAUUAGGGGCUUUAGCAAUUCGUGAUUUAAAUGGGCCUGCUUUAAAGUUAUUUGGACUUUUAACGGCUCAAGGAUUUUUGACCUUUGCUCACAUUUCUCUCGUUUCUACUUUCGGUGAAAAUGUCGCAAAGAGGCUUCGUGCAAAAUUAUUCAAUGCUAUUAUUAGACAGGAUAUUUCUUUCUUUGAUUGUCACCGCAGUGGUGAACUUGUUAGUCGUCUCACAGCUGACGUGGCUGAAUUCAAAAGCACAUUUAAACAACUUGUUACGCAAGGUCUCAAAUCAGUAGCACAAACUGUUGGGUCUUCAAUUCAGCUAUUUAAGAUCUCAACUUCUUUGACUUUAACCAUGCUUGGCACAAUGCCCAUUCUAUACGUUCUUUUGAAUUUAUACGGAGCGUAUUUAAGAAAAUUAAGCAAGCAUAAUAAGCAAUUGGAUGGUUACUCUGGCGGCGUAGCCGGUGAAGUAAUCUCUAAUAUUCGGACUGUAAGAGCUUUUGCUUCAGAAGACCGUGAAAUGGAGCUUUACAGAGAAGCAUGUGACCAAGUUGCAGUUUCGAAUCAAAAUAUGGGACUUCAUGUUGGACUCUUCCAAGGUCUGACUAAUAUCUCUGUUGGAUGUAUGGUGUUAACUGUUCUUUAUUAUGGUGGCUCACUCGUAGUAAAAAAUGAACUUACAAGUGGAGAUCUUAUGUCAUAUAUGCUUUCUACCCAAACUGCACAACACUCUUUAGUUUCGCUCGGUGUUUUGUUUGGACAGUCAAUUAAAGCUGCAGCUUCUGCCAAUCGCGUUUUUGAAUUCAUCCAUUUACAUCCUGAUGUACCUUUAAGAGGCGGAUUAAUUCUAAAGAAUGUUCAAGGUGAUGUUGUUUUUAAGGAUAUCGAAUUCAGCUAUCCUACUCGUCCUGAUCAAAUUGUGUUGGAUAAAUUUAAUCUUGUUGUGCCUCAGGGCAGUACGGUUGCUUUAUGCGGUCCCUCUGGUUCCGGAAAAUCCACAAUCGCAUCUCUUUUGGAACGUUUCUAUGAACCAUCUGAUGGUAGUAUUCUUCUUGAUGGCCAAGAUUUAAAAACUUUAGACCCUUCUUGGCUUAGACAUCAUAUUGGUUUCAUCAAUCAAGAACCAGUUUUAUUCGCUACAUCUAUUUUAGAAAACAUUCGUUAUGGACGUCCUGAAGCCACUAUGGAAGAAGUUAAAGAGGCAGCUAGGCAAGCAAACGCCGAAAUAUUUAUUGAAGGGUUCCCAGAUGGCUAUGAUACAAUUGUCGGUGAACGUGGUGCUGCACUCUCUGGUGGUCAAAAGCAGCGAAUUGCUAUUGCUCGUGCCAUCUUAAAAAAUCCUAAGAUUCUUAUAUUGGAUGAGGCCACGUCUGCCUUAGAUACUCAAAGCGAAAAAAUGGUACAGGAUGCGCUUGAUAAAUUAAUGUACGGAAGAACAGUUCUUGUCAUUGCACAUAGACUGUCUACUAUCAGAAAAGCAGACAUGAUUGUUGUUAUGGGUAAAACUCCUGGAAAUAUUCUUGAGAAAGGGACACAUUUUGAGUUGAUGGAUAAUCAAUCCACUUACUUUAGACUUCAUAAUCAGUUAGUCAGUACCGAAAGCCUACAAUAACAACAAAAAGUAGUAUAUAUUACACAAGUAAAAUAAACCCCCUGAUAGAUAGUUUAAGAGAUUAGUACAUGUUCGAUCUUUUACAUUGGUAUUCUCCCUUUCGAUAUGUCCCACGUGACGUGGUCAAUCUCGUAUUGGCCUGAGGGAAACGCAUAAAUCAAAUUUCUGCUCUUCUUUAUUG